CACGCGGAAAGCAAUAUUCAACCUCACUGCUUCAACAGCUCCUGUGUUCAUUUCCGAGGCCCCUGCCCGUCAUUUUGCUAGUGGUCAUAUUAUGGCCACCGGAAUAACUCGUCCGGACUCGAAAAAAGGCCCAGUUGCUUAAUUGCUGUGUGAUAUUGAUAUGUAUACAUAGUAUUUUUCCUUUGGUCAGCUUAUGACGCAAACCAUCAGGACAAUUAACCCAGAUAGCUUGACAACCAUUGCGAUGACGAUAGUCAUCCAAACACCGAACUAAAAUUUUGUUCACGCCCACCGCUAUGCAAGAAUGUUUUCAUUCGGUGUUUGUGCUGUUGCUGUUGCUAGUCGGUCGCGUAGAUCACAUACCUCAGAGUUUUCGUUCAGUGGUUCGUGAUGGUUGCUGUUGGACAUCUCUACUUAAUACAAUGAUUUUUUCUGGUAAACAUGCCUGGGUAGGUUGUCGGAAUAAUGCACUUCCGGCAUUCUUUCAAGAUCUACGACUCCCCUCACCGUCUUCUUCAACCGGACCUCUCGGGGAAUGAAGAGGAAGCAAUAGUUUGUGGUGACUCAGAGUUGUCGACGAACUCGAGUCGUUUGUCGAUGGGCGUUGGUCGAACGGGGAAUGUCCCGUCCUUUGGUGCGCUGGGGUCGAGUAAACGGACUGUUACGCUCCCGUCCUCUUCGCCAAAAUAGGCCGCCUUUGCCAUCCCACAGAAGAGUCCCACUUCCACAACACCUGUGAGCAUUUUUAUCCGGGACAAUAACUAAAACUUG